CGGAUGUUUUGCUCCCCCAGAUACAAUUCGGUUUGGACAGGUCUCGAAAAUCAAUUGGACAAAGCCAUCUCGGGUACCUAGCUUUCCUACCUACCUUAACUAUUCUGAAUCUGAACGUAACAACGCACACGAAAUAAGUACAUUGUUCACGUGGGUUAGUUCGGUUUCAAGCAAAUAAAGGCAAACAAAUCCCAGACCAAAACUGCACAGUCAAACGGCUUAUCCCAGUUAUGCCGAGCGGCCGGAUACCGCUUUGCUGGAUCACGGUGCUUCGAUAGUCGAUCGAUGUUCGGAUGAGUGCAUCUGUGAAUUAAGCGACUCGAGCAAAGGUGCUGCUGCCGCUGCUGCUGAUCUAGCUACCUUACCUAGCUCUAGUCUACUUCUAGUGUGGUGUACGACUAAACGUCUCUUGUUCUCUCUCGAAUCCGACGAUAAGUCUAAAUCAGCAUCAUCAAUACAACAACACAAUCUUUACGUGAGACGCAACACAGCACAAACAUAAUACACGACGAUCAUAUACACAAAGCAUACAUUGGCGACGACAACGAAACGGAUCAAACCCACCCGGCCUUUCCUUGUAACCACUCCAUGGACUGCUAGCACCAUCACCAAAGGCGCAUUCCAAAUACACACAUUCCCGGGAUGGCGGCACAAUCAACUCUCCGCCACUCGGCGGCCGAGGCAGCCAUCGCCGCCUUCCUCGACAAGUACACGGAGAUGAUCAGUACUCGCUUGCGCAAGACGUCGCGCACGACCAGGCUGCUGGGAACGUUGGCACUCGUCGCUUCAAUUGUGCUCGCCGGCGCGGGGGGUAGGCGAUGGUGGAGGCGGCGGCGGCAGGAGCGCGAGACGGGCCGCAAGCUCGUCCGCACAAACAGUUGGCUGUCCAACAAGGACGGCUCGCGCACAAUCUACGUCCCCUACAAGGACGGCACAUCAAAGGUGGUCAUACAGCGCACCAAACCCCUGACGUUUGAGGCGCACAGGAGGCUGUUUUUGAACCCGCCGAGGGUCUCGGGCCUGGCCGAUGGUUCCGUCCCGGCCGCCCAGACCAAGCCUGGUCUGAACCUGGCCUUCCUCCACCAGUUCCUAAGCCUCAUGAGCAUCAUGAUCCCCCGCUGGUCUAGCAAGGAGGCUGGUCUGCUGGUCAGCCAUGGCAUGUUUCUGAUGCUACGGACGUACCUGUCGCUGAUUGUUGCGCGCCUCGACGGUGAGAUUGUGAGGGACUUGGUUGCUGGAAAUGGAAAACAGUUCCUCUGGGGAAUUGUCAAGUGGUGCGGACUGGGAGGUUUUGCAUCAUACACCAAUGCCAUGAUAAAAUUCCUCGAGUCAAAGGUCUCCAUUGCAUUCCGGACGAGGUUGACUCGGUAUAUCCAUGAUUUAUACCUGAAUGACAACCUCAACUACUACAAACUGCCCAACCUAGACGGCGGAGUGGGCCACGGCGCAGAUCAGUACAUCACACAGGAUCUUACAUUAUUCUGCGCCGCGGCGGCAAAUCUCUACUCGUCAUUAGGAAAGCCGUUUGUCGACAUCUGUCUCUUCAACUACCAGCUCUACCGUUCGUUAGGCCCCGUCGCCUUGACGGGUCUGUUGAGCAACUACUUCCUGACGGCCACGAUCCUACGCAAGCUGUCGCCGCCAUUUGGUAAGCUCAAGGCAGUCGAGGGCCGCAAGGAGGGUGACUUUAGGACUCUGCACGCAAGGCUCAUUGCCAACGCUGAGGAGGUUGCCUUUUACGGUGGCGCCGACAUGGAGAAGCACUUCCUGAACCGCGAGUUCAAGUCGCUCAAGAACUGGAUGGAGGGCAUCUACAUGCUCAAGAUCAAAUACAACAUUCUCGAGGACUUCAUCCUCAAGUACAGCUGGUCCGCCUACGGCUACCUGCUGUCUUCCCUGCCCGUCUUCCUCCCGGCCUGGGGUGGUCUCGGCGGCGCGGCCGAGAUGGCUGCCGGCAGUGAGGAAGGUCACAGGGAGCGCGGCCGCAUGGGCGCCUUCAUCACUAACAAGCGCCUCAUGUUGUCGCUGGCUGACGCCGGCGGCAGGAUGAUGUACUCGAUUAAGGACCUCUCGGAGCUUGCAGGCUAUACGAGCAGGGUCUACAGCCUGAUCUCGACGCUGCACCGUGUGCACGCCAACGCCUACUACCCCCGCGGCCGCAUCAACGAGCUGUACUCGAUGUCAGAUGUUCAGGGAACCAUGCAAAAGGGCUUCGACGGCGUGCGUCUCGAGCACGUCCCUGUUGUCGCGCCUGCGUUGUGGCCGCAGGGUGGUGAGGAGCUCAUCGAGUCUCUGUCGCUUGUUGUGAGGCGCGGAGAACACUUGCUGAUCUCUGGAGCCAACGGUGUCGGCAAGUCUGCCGUCUCACGCAUCCUGGCCGGGCUCUGGCCCGUCUACCGCGGUCUUGUCAGCCGGCCGAAGAACACGGGCGAGGACGGCAUCAUGUUCCUCCCGCAGCGGCCGUAUCUGUCCAUCGGCACGCUCCGCGACCAGGUCAUCUACCCCGACGGCGAGCUCGACAUGCGCGGCAAGGGCAGGAACGAAGCGCACCUGAAGCGCGUCCUCGACGAGGCCAAGCUUGGAUACCUCCCGGACCGCGAAGGCGGCUGGGACACGCGCAAGGAGUGGAAGGACGUCUUGUCCGGCGGAGAGAAGCAGCGUGUCGGUUUCGCCCGUCUUCUCUACCACGAGCCGCAGUAUGCAUUUAUCGACGAGGGCACCAGCGCCGUCUCCAACGAUGUCGAGGGCUACCUCUACGAGAUGUGCAAGGAGAAGGGAAUAACUCUCGUAACUAUUUCCACCAGGGCAUCGCUCAAGAAGUACCACACAUAUAACCUCGUGCUCGGCCUCGGCGACAAUGGCGACGAGUGGACGCUCGAGCGCAUCGGUACGGAGCGCGAGAAGAUGAACGUGGAGAGGGAACUGCACGAGCUACGCGAGCGACUCGAGCAGGUCGAGGAGUGGAAGCAGCGCCACCAAGAGGUGGAGCAGGAGCUGGCCCGCGUCUGGGUAGAGGGCGGUGACGUCUUGGGCCCGCCGCCGUACGUAGAAGCGGAGGGGAAGCAGCCCGCGCAGACGGACAAGACAAGCAGCGACGAUGGUCUGUCGUCAUCUGGCGUACAGGUGUAGAGGGGGGCUGUUUUGAGGGGAGGAGUAUGGUAAUGUGACUGGGCCGGAGUUGUUUGUAUGUCUGUGUUGUUGCUGUUGCCACCAGUUACUACUUUUAAACUUGUACAUGCAUAUGGGCUGAAAGGAAUGGAUUAUUUCCAUGCCGGUAUUUCCUUUUUCUGGUAUCUCAUUCUUGGCUUAUUCCUUUGGCCGUUGCUGAGGAGGCGCUCGGUGUUCCCUUGCGUCUCUUAGCGUUCGUCGUUUAUGCACUUUGUCCUCCCAAGGGCUGAUGGGGCAACGGACAUAUACCACCACUAGCGGCUCGCUUUGGCACUCGGCUGGUUUUGUCGGUGAUCCCCAAAUGCAGCACCAAGAUCUGAUAUAAGCCUCAGAUGCUUGUUGCUUUUCUUAUUUUCUCCUUGAGGGGGUCAAUGUUGGAGACCAUAGAAAAGUGAAGCCCACAAGUAUUCAAAGUAAAUCACAAAAACGGGUCGCAAAUGUGGUAGAACCUUUGCGUGUCUGUGUCCAAGGGUAUAGGACAUAUGUCAGGGUAUAGGAUGUUGGGCAUUGACUUGCG